GAGACCGAGGCGAGAGGGAAGAGCACAUGGCGAGCGGGCGAGGAGGAGGGGGUGGGGUGGCGUCGCCGACGCCGGCGAAGGUGGAGGGCGGCGGAGGAGGAGGAGGAGGGGGGCCGGGGAUGCCGAUGGCGGAGCUGGAGCAGGUGUUCCGGCGGUACGACGCGAACGGCGACGGGAAGAUCUCGGCGGAGGAGCUGGCGUCCGUGCUGCGGGCACUGGGGGCGCCCCUCGGUCCCGGCGAGGUGCGGCGCAUGAUGGACGAGAUGGACUCCGACCGCGACGGCUUCGUCGACCUCUCCGAGUUCGCCGCCUUCCACUGCGGCCCCACGCCGGCGCACGGCGGCAAGGGCGGCGACGCCAAGGACCAGGAGGCCGCGUCGGAGGCGGAGCUGAGGGAGGCGUUCCGGAUGUACGACGCCGACAGCAACGGGAAGAUCUCGGCGCGGGAGCUCCACCGCGUGCUCCGCCAGCUCGGCGACAAGUGCUCCGUCGCCGACUGCUCCCGGAUGAUCCGGUCCGUCGACGCCGACGGCGAUGGCUGCGUCAACUUCGACGAGUUCAAGAAGAUGAUGGGCGGCGGCGGCGGCCGGCGGUAGGCUGGAGGGGACUGACUCCGUAUGGUUGCCCGGUCAAAGUUUUAUCUGUUCUUGCAUGGUUUCCGUAAUUAGAAGCUUAUAAAUCAAGCCUAAUAUUUAGCAUGUGAACAACUUUUUAAGUAGAUUUUAAAAAAGCCCCCCACUGAUUUGAUGGGUAGUGAUGUAAUCAUGCAAAGGUAGUGGAGUGACAUGCUGUAUUACUGUUUCUGAUAUAUACUGUACAACUUGACUAAUGUUCAAACUGAUGGGUGUAUAAACAAGCUUGGGCAAAGGGAUUGCCGUCCAGCCUGGGCAAAGAAUGUCGAGUUUUAUAGCAUUGUUUGUUUAAUAUUUGUAACACCAGUAAAAACUCGGCAAAAAUUCUAGGAUAUAUUUUGAAUGGACGACUCCUAAUUUAUGGGACAA